AUGCAUAUUCCGUCAUAUAAUGCAGAGCUACGACCAGUGAUUCUUCACCAAUUUAUCCGAGACAACCCUCUGGGCCUUCUGACUACCUCAAUUCGGGGGCCAUCUCAUCCCUUAAUCCAGGCGAGUCACAUUCCCUGGGUGGUCGAUGGCGAAUAUGAAAGCGAGAAUGAGUUUGGUGUGCUUCGUGGUCACAUUGCUCGCCCAAAUCCCCAGGCCAAAGCCAUGAUCGAAGCCUUAUCGCAAUCUCCAGGCUCUCAGCACCUUGAGGAAGAUGUCCUCGUGGUUUUCAAUGGGCCCGUACAUCAUUACAUAACGCCAAAAUUCUACAAAGAAACGAAGCCCAGCAUAGGGAAAGUUGUUCCUACUUGGAACUAUGAAGCCGUUCAAGUUUACGGUCGCGCCAAAAUAUAUUUUGACACAAAAUCACCCGAGUUCGGGUUAUUUUUGAACAAACAACUGGCAGAUCUAUCUUCCAAUGCCGAGAAUGCGCAUUUACAACAGAGCUCAAAUACUGAGGCAGAGCCUUGGAAGGUUUCCGAUGCUCCGGCAUCGUACAUUGAGCUUUUGAAGAAGAAUCUUGUUGGCAUUGAGAUCGAAAUCAAAUCAUUAGCGGGACGGUUUAAACUGAGCCAGGAGAAGCGUCUCGGGGAUCGCAAUGGAGUGAUUGAUGGGCUGAAAGAAACUGGUACUGCUGCAGGAAUGGAGAUGUCCACACUCAUGGCUCGUAGGGCAGCGGAAUAUGAUGCUCAAAAACAAGGAAACUUGGAGUAA